GCUUCAUAGUUUUUAAUAAAUAUGGUCUGAUUUUCGUCCAAAAAUUAUGGGGUCUUCGUGACUUUCGUUGCGCUUGGAAAUUACUUUUUUUUUCAUUUAAUGACUGUUCUGCUAGUGAUUAAUGAAGAUUGGUACAAAUAUUCAAAGCUGAAUAUGUCUUUAUGGUACUUAUCGUUAUCAUUACCUCUUCUCCCAGUUUAUCUAACAUUUCUAGCAUGUUUGCUAGUUUACAAAAGUAUUAUAAUUGCAAUAUUGAAAUUGAAGCAUGGUAAAAAUUUGACUAUUAUCACAAGCAACGAUUCUUUUUUCGGAUUGGGCAAAUUUCGAGAAAACUUAUCUAACGUUCUGUUUACUAUGAAUACUGAAAUGAGCGAAGAAGCUUUGAGAGAGAGAAUGGUUCAAGCCAUAAAUAUGAAAAUGAUAAAAUACGAGCAGCACUUUAAAAAAAUCCAUAGUUCUCUAUAUAACUUUAUGGGCUACACUUUCUUGAUAAAAGAAGACGACGUACGAGCUACCGACUUUGUAACUAUUUUGGACGUUGAAAAAGAUCGUUAUGAAUCGAUCAAUCAUUUGGCUUAUGAAUAUUCUAUGAAACCGUUACCUAAACAAAAUAAACGACUUUUUGAAAUCAUCAUAAUAAAAUCUAGUAAAGAAUGGAAGACGAGAAACAAUUUUAAAGUCGAAAAAAUACCGGUAUUAAUGAGAAUGCACCAUCUUUUAGCAGACGGUUUAUCUACUUUAAAUUUAAACGUACAACUCUUUGGAGACAAUAAAGUAGUCAUAAAUGAAGUUGUGGAUAAAUUCAACACGAAUCGUAAACGUCCUCAAUAUUGGUUAGAAAUACUCCAGAAUAUUUAUUUUUUCCUCCUUCUUCCUGGUUAUAUAAUUUACCAUGAAAUUCACACUUACGGAAAUUAUAGAGGAUUUAUGAAUAAUUUGGGUUCUGGUAAACAGCAUUUUAUUUAUAAAGUUGGAGAUGAUAAUAUGAUGAUACGGAAAAUAAAAACUUUGAAAAAUAAAAUCGGGAACUGCAGUUUCACUCAAAUAUUAAUUACAGCCAUUUCGGCUAGUAUAUACGAAUAUAGUAAAAAGGCUGGUAAAAUUCCAAUAUCAAUAGAAACAAUAAACGCUGGUGUUCGUUAUUUAAAACCAAUGAAUGAAAAUGGCCUGCCAAUUUUGAUGAAUCAAUUUGGAUAUGUAAUUCAUGAAAUUCCGAUUGAUAUUAAGAGUGAUUCAUUAUUGAGAAGAAUUGAUGCUAUUAAAGAAUGUACAAAAAUAUCUGAUAUAGUAAAAAAUUUCAUGAUCAUGAAAACGCUACUUUGUUAUACAAUGGGUCUUCUUCCAAAUUACUUUAAAAAAUUAUUUUUUCAAACAAAUUCCGCUAUCCUAGCGAUAAGUAACCUUCCCGGGAUUCCGAAAAUUAAUUUUUUAGAUGGUAUAGAUGUGGAAGAGAUAUAUUUCUUUGUCCUCAACAGAGAAACAGACAUCGGUAUGGGAAUCAGUAUAAUGACGUACGACGAAAAAAUUCAUCUCGGAUUACAAGUAUAUGAAAGUAUCAUUCCUUCCCAGGACGAUUGCCGACAAAUUUUGGAUAAUAUUUUCAAAACUUUAAAUGAUAUUUUCACAGACUUUUCAGAUCAAAAUGUAUGAAUUAUCAAUAAACUUUAAACUAUUUGAGAUGUUUUUCCUACAUUAAAUAUAUGUUAUACAUCAGUGUCAAUAAUGACAAUACGAGGACAAUUUUUAAUCAAUAAA